AUGUCGUCUUCCAGUACCGCUCCACCCAAACGUACCAAUGGUACCAAUGACUCUGGUACCGGUACUCAGUCACUAGCGUCUCGCCCGGACAUGAGACAGCUAUCGCCCCAUCCGAAGUACAACCUGACAGGCGCAGAUUUCUUCGUACUGAUUGGAACGACUAUCUUUGGAUUCCACUACUUCUACAUCGAACGCGACACUACGUCUUUCCUCCCAUCCCCUUCCAAGCCACUCAAACCUGGAGAGAAGCGAAAGAACGAGUGGAACUCGGAGCACAAGGCACUCGUUCUGACUGACCAAGACGUCUCUAUUGAAGAGUUCGAGAACUUCCUUUGGGUUUUCUACAACGAGGAAUACGACAAAUACGAAGCGCCUUUGCUUACCUGGAUUGGAAUCCUCAAACUCGCCACUCGAUGGGGUUGCACGAAAAUGACGCGACUUGCCCUCGCGGAGGUCGUCAAGCGUGAGGAAGAGGUAUCCACCGUGGAUCUCAUCGUUCUUUGCACACAGAAAGGCGCUCCCAGAAAUUACCGCCUUCGCCUUCUGACACGCCUUGCGACCCGCGAGACCGCCCCCACCGAGGAAGAGGAGAAGGCUCUGGGACCUAAGAUGACUUGCAAGCUCUUCAGAAUUCGCGAGGAGAUUCGUUCUCCAGGAGGCCGGAGCCCUGUUCCCAACGGGCUCGAUGGGGUGGAGGCUACGUCUAUUGUUGCAACCUUCUUAGGCUGGGAGUACAUUCCGCCUGCGUCUACCGCUGGAGGCAGCGAUGUUCCCACUCUUCAUCAACCUUCCCUGCCCAACGGAAAUGGUGGCGCGUCGGGGAGUCACAGCACCGGUGGGGCCAACGGUAAUUCGAAAACGACGUGA